AUGUCAGGAGACGGAGCCACGGAGCAGGCAGCUGAGUAUGUCCCAGAGAAGGUGAAGAAAGCCGAAAAGAAAUUAGAAGAGAAUCCUUAUGACCUUGACGCUUGGAGCAUUCUCAUUCGAGAGGCACAGAAUCAACCUAUAGACAAAGCACGGAAGACUUAUGAACGCCUUGUUGCCCAGUUCCCCAGUUCUGGCAGAUUCUGGAAACUGUACAUUGAAGCAGAGAUUAAAGCUAAAAAUUAUGACAAGGUAGAAAAGCUAUUUCAGAGAUGCCUUAUGAAGGUUUUGCACAUUGAUUUAUGGAAGUGUUAUCUUUCAUAUGUCCGAGAAACCAAGGGUAAACUACCAAGUUACAAAGAAAAGAUGGCUCAAGCAUAUGAUUUUGCACUGGAUAAAAUUGGAAUGGAAAUUAUGUCUUACCAGAUUUGGGUGGAUUACAUCAACUUCUUAAAAGGCGUGGAAGCUGUUGGAUCUUAUGCAGAAAAUCAGAGAAUAACAGCUGUUCGAAGAGUUUAUCAACGAGGUUGUGUUAAUCCAAUGAUCAAUAUUGAACAACUGUGGAGAGACUAUAACAAAUAUGAAGAGGGUAUCAAUAUUCAUUUAGCUAAAAAAAUGAUUGAAGAUCGGAGUAGAGAUUACAUGAAUGCUAGGCGGGUAGCAAAGGAAUAUGAGACAGUAAUGAAAGGUUUGGACCGCAAUGCUCCCUCAGUGCCUCCUCAGAAUACUCCUCAAGAAGCUCAGCAGGUGGAUAUGUGGAAGAAGUACAUACAGUGGGAAAAGAGCAACCCUCUUCGUACAGAAGAUCAGACCCUGAUAACUAAAAGAGUUAUGUUUGCUUAUGAACAGUGCCUGCUGGUGCUGGGCCAUCACCCUGAUAUUUGGUAUGAAGCUGCCCAAUAUCUUGAGCAAUCUAGUAAACUGUUAGCAGAGAAGGGGGAUAUGAAUAAUGCCAAAUUAUUUAGUGAUGAAGCUGCUAAUAUAUAUGAAAGAGCCAUAAGCACUUUACUAAAAAAGAAUAUGCUUCUUUAUUUUGCAUAUGCAGAUUAUGAAGAGAGUCGCAUGAAGUAUGAGAAAGUUCACAGUAUAUAUAACAGACUUCUGGCAAUUGAGGAUAUUGAUCCCACCUUGGUAUAUAUCCAAUAUAUGAAAUUUGCAAGAAGAGCUGAAGGUAUCAAAUCUGGAAGAAUGAUAUUUAAAAAAGCAAGAGAAGAUACCAGAACCCGCCACCAUGUCUAUGUUACUGCAGCACUCAUGGAAUAUUACUGUAGUAAGGACAAAUCUGUUGCCUUUAAGAUUUUUGAGCUGGGGCUAAAGAAAUAUGGAGACAUUCCAGAGUAUGUCCUGGCCUAUAUUGACUAUCUUUCUCACCUCAAUGAGGACAAUAAUACUAGAGUUUUGUUUGAACGAGUUUUAACAUCUGGAAGUCUUCCUCCUGAGAAAUCUGGAGAAAUCUGGGCCCGAUUUCUAGCUUUUGAAAGUAAUAUUGGUGAUCUAGCUAGUAUACUCAAAGUGGAGAAAAGACGGUUUACAGCAUUCAAAGAAGAGUAUGAAGGCAAAGAAACAGCUUUACUGGUAGACAGAUACAAGUUCAUGGAUUUAUAUCCUUGCUCUGCAAGUGAACUAAAAGCACUUGGGUAUAAGGAUGUCUCCCGUGCUAAGCUAGCAGCUAUAAUUCCAGACCCAGUUGUAGCUCCUUCUAUAGUGCCUGUUCUGAAAGAUGAAGUGGAUAGAAAACCAGAAUACCCUAAACCAGACACUCAGCAGAUGAUUCCAUUUCAGCCACGACAUUUAGCACCUCCGGGCUUACACCCUGUCCCUGGUGGAGUGUUCCCAGUACCACCUGCAGCAGUUGUUUUAAUGAAACUUCUCCCUCCUCCUAUUUGUUUCCAGGGUCCUUUUGUACAAGUGGAUGAACUGAUGGAAAUUUUCCGAAGAUGCAAGAUACCAAAUACAGUUGAAGAAGCUGUGAGGAUCAUUACUGGAGGAGCCCCAGAGCUAGCAGUAGAAGGCAAUGGCCCAGUGGAAAGUAAUGCAGUGCUCACGAAGGCCGUCAAAAGGCCCAACGAGGAUUCAGAUGAAGAUGAGGAAAAGGGAGCCGUGGUCCCCCCUGUUCACGACAUUUACAGAGCAAGGCAGCAGAAGCGGAUUCGGUGA